CCUUCUCCAAAUCGCUGCUGCUCGGCACCGGCGUGCGGUGUCGCACGGGCUGGCCGCCCGCCCCGAGAGGGCCGGCGUGGGGAGAGGCGCCGCGGCGGGGCCGGCGGAGAUGCCGCUGGAGGAUGGGGACCCGGCGAGGUGGAGGGGACAGCAGGUCAACGGCGAGGUGAGCGGGACCCCCCACCCCCGGGGGACGGGGGACCCCCCUCCCCGGGGCACAGCAGCUCCCGACGGCAGCAGGAGGGAGGCGAUGGCAGAGGACUGGGAGCCGGGGCCAGCGCUGGGUGACAGGGACGUGACGCCCGGGGGGGUCCUGCAGCGAGCGGGGCAGGAGCCGGGCCGGCGUGAGGAAGCCUUGAUGGCCGAGCUCUCGGAGCUGGUGCAGAAGGUGGUGAAGAGCAGCAGCUGGUGGGAACGGCACGGUGUGGACAUCAGCAUCCUCGCCUGCAGCUUCCUCCUGCUCCCGGCAGGGUUCCUGUGCCUGCGGUCAGCCCAGGCCAUCCCUUUCCUGGCGGGUGUCCUCACCCUCGGCGUGGUGCAUCACACCCUGACCGUGAAGGGCAGCCACCUGGCCAGCCACAAUGCCUUGACUGAGUCCAAGUCCUGGGGCAAAGUGUGGGCCGUCUUCUUCAUCGAGCUCUGCUCAGCCUUCACAGCCGAGCAGGCCACCUACAACCAUGUGAAGAUCCACCAUGGCUACACCAAUGUCAUCGGCCUGGGGGACUCCAGCACCUGGAAGCUUCCUUUCCUGAACCGCUACGUCUACAUGUUCAUCGCUCCUCUCGCGGUGCCCAUCAUAACCCCUCUGGUUGCUCUUGAUUUGUUGAGGAACGUGGAGUGGAAAGCAGCUCUCCGGACCCUCUGCUGCAUGUUUCUGGGUCUUUACUGCCAUUACUGGCUGCUUCUCAACGUCUCGGGCUUCCAGUCGCCGUGGUCUGCCCUGCUCUGCAUGCUGCUCACCCGCUCCCUCCUGGCCCAUCCCUACAUCCACGUCAACAUAUUCCAGCACAUCGGCCUCCCCAUGUUCGCGGCCGAUCGGAAACCCAAGCGGAUCCACCUCAUGAGCCUGGGCGUCCUCAACCUGCCCCGCAACGCCCUGCUCGACUGGUCCUUCGGCCACUCGCUCAUCAGCUGCCACGUGGAGCAUCACCUCUUCCCCAGCCUCUCCGACAACAUGUGCCUGAAGAUCAAACCCGUCGUCUCCCAGUACCUGAAGCAGAAGAAGCUGCCGUACAACGAGGACACCUACGCCUCCAGGCUCCGGCUCUUCCUGCAGAGAUACGAGGAGCUGAUGGUCCACGCUCCCCCCAUAACGGAGCUGGUGGGCAUCCAGUGAGGACGGGGCCCCAGGACUCGGGGGGGCUGUUUCCCACAGGGCACUCGCAGCAGGGACGGUUUCAGCAGGACGGGGGGGGGACGGACACACGCCUCCAUAAAGCCAGCGCGUAGGAAAUGUCUCUCCCCGAUGUCUUGCUUUUGGCUAGACCGUGAUGCAUGGAGCCACCGCAGGAGGAGAGCUGGGCCGUGCAAUGCUGGGGACAGAAAAAGGGGUGUCCCUCCCCCAAGUUAUUCCCAGCCAGGGCUUAAUUUUAUCCACUCUGCUUUCACGCUUGGGGAGAGGAACUCCCCGUCUGCUGGCUGGGGCCUCCCUGCAGCAGGUCCGGGGGGAUGCGGCUGGGAAUGCGGCACCAUGUCCGGGGCAUCCAGAGCCGGUUCCCGGCUGAAAGGUGCCGGGAUCUGUAGGAUGGGGCUGCAAAAGUGUGGUCGGGGGCUCAGGGAAGGGGUGGAUCGCGAGGGAGGGGGCUGUGUCACUGCUGCCUGCGCUUUGCCUG